UUGAAAAUCCUGUCGGUAUUUUUGGCUGGAUACAUUAUAUCUUUAAAUCCCUGUUAUAGUGGCUAAAAAUACGUUUAAAUUAUUUUAAUCUCGCGUCGUGCUACGCCAUUGUGUGUGAAGUAGGCGUGGGUCGCGAUCGCCACUGUAUCUGUUUGAAUUCAAGGUAAACGACUGCUCUGCAGAUAUAUCCGCUCGGCGCCGACGUUCACCAUCCGAGCUUGAAUCUGCGCUGAGUCCACCGAUUCGCGAGCUAAUCUGAGAGCGUCGCCACGAGCCUGCACGUCUCCCCCACAAGGUGGCGCCGGUGGUGCGCUGAUUCGCCGGGUUUGAGGAGGAAAAGACGAUGGGGGCGGAGGAGAAGGAAUACGCGCAGUACAGCGUUCUGAGCCGCGCUCAGCUCAGCUUCGAGUAUCUACACACCAACUCGACUACCCACGAGUUCUUAUUCGGAGCGCUGGCAGAACUUCUGGACAAUGCGAGAGAUGCUUCUGCGACGAAAAUCAACAUAUACACGGUGCCGGACGACAGCCUGCGGGGUGGCUACAUGCUCUGUUUCCUCGACGACGGCGACGGGAUGGACCCAAGUGAAGCAGCCAAUAUCAUAACCUUCGGUAAAUCCACGAAGCGAGUCACUGACUCACAGAUGAUCGGACAGUACGGAAAUGGACUCAAGUCGGGUUCGAUGCGCAUCGGCAGCGACUUCAUACUGUUCACGAAGAAGGCUGCGACGGAGACGUGUCUCAUGAUGUCUCCGUUCCACGAGGAAGAGCACACACCACAGGUGAUCGUUCCACUGCCGUCGUUUGACAGCCAGAGCAAGCGAGCGCUCGGGAAGGCUGGCAAGGCACUGGAGAAGCACAAGCUGGAGAUGGACCUGAUCUACAAGUACUCGCCGUUCCACACGCACGAGAGCUUCAUGCGCUCGUUCGACUCGAUCCGAGGCGGCUCCGGCACCCUCGUCAUCAUCUACAACCUCAAGCUGAUGGACAAGUCCCUGAAGGAACCAAAGACGUUGAACUUUGUCUUCGGACUCAACCUGGAGAAUCGGAGUCAGGAUGGCAUGUUCGUCUACAACUGCAGCCGACUCAUCAAGAUGUACCAGCGUGUCGGGCCGCAGCUCGAGGGAAACCAGGUGGGCGGAGGCGUGAUGGGGAUCGUCGACGUUCCGUAUCUGGUCUUGGAGCCGACCCACAACAAGCAGGACUUUGCGGAUGGCAAGGAGUACAGACACCUGAAGAAGGCGAUGGGAGAAUACAUGAUGCAGUACUGGACAGACAUAGAUCUCGGUAUGCUGAUGCCGGAGCGUAAGUCGUUCCGCGCGUACACGGCGAUCCUCUACGCGGACCCGCGCAUGCGCAUCUACGUGCAGAACGUCAAGGUGCGCACCGAGCGACUCGUCAACUGCCUCUACCGGCCGCGCAUGUACAAGUACGCGUCGAGCCGAUUCAAGACGCGCUCCGAGAUCGAGGUGAAGAAGGCCAAGCACAACGCCAACGUGGCGUUGCGAAAGGCGCAGUCGCACGCACACGAGGUGAGACGGGAAGCCAACCUGAAGAAGGAACUAGCCGAACGGAAGCAGAAGUAA